CAGGCAGGACUAGUUUACUGUGAGGAAGAAUGGCAGCGUGAAUGGCAGAGUUUGUUGGAAAUAGCUUCAUCUGAGCCUCGAUCUAGUUCCCAAGGAAAGUCGACUACUAGUAGUUCUCAUCAGAGAAGCACCUCGGGUUCCAUACCUGAAGACGAUACCUUCCCUAAUGUUUACGAAAGCCUGGAGGAGAUUCACGUCCUAGCCUUAGCUCACAUCCUUCGCCGUACUGUCAUUAUUAUUGCUGACACAACACUUAAAGAUGUUACUGGAGAACCACUGGCUCCAAUCCCUUUUGGAGGAAUCUACCUACCUCUGGAAUGUCCUCCUUCGGAGUGUCACCGAUCGCCGCUAUGUCUCACUUUUGAUGCUGCUCAUUUUUCAGCAUUGGUAGCAAUGGAAAAAGAAAACUAUGCAGACAAAACUACACACCCUCCAGCUGCUAUUCCAGUGAUCGAUCCUGACCACAGACUUCUUCCAGUUCAGUUUGUUGUGGAUCCUGGAGUUGAAGUUCGAUGGGGAAAUGAUGAAAAUGAUUCCUGUAUAAUGGCUAAGCUGGCCUUAACAGACAUGGACAGACUAGAGUUACUGAAGGAAUAUCUUGAUAUCACUGAGAUUCCUAUCCCAUCUGUCGACAAAUACGAAACUAUCCAGGUGUUUGAAGGUCGAGCGUCAUUACCAGUUGAACGUGGUACUCUGAGUGGAGAAGACUACCGUGUUGAAACUCUUGGUAGCAUGCUAUACUAUCACAAAAACAAAGCGGCUAAACAGCUUCAGACUGUGGCCAAACAGUUUGGUAGUAUAGGAAAGAGUAUGGGCAAGAAACUGAAAAAGAACUUUGGGAACUUUUCCCGCAGACGUAGCUCUUUUAAAGGAGAAGUUGGAUCAUUCAGUAAAAGACCUAUUUCCACUAAGAACAACAUUUUCGACACCCAGCCUGCCGGUGGAAGUGUUAUCGGUAGGAGUGGUGUCAUCAUUGCAGCAGUCCUUCAUAUAGAUAAACGACACGAGUAUCAAGAAGAAAUGAUUCGUAACUAUCUUAACUCUGCAAGAGCUCGGUUUCUACACGAAAAGGAACAGAAACAAGGCUGCAGUGAGCAGAAGGUUGAAACUACAAUACAUCCCAACUACUGUAUUAAUGAUGGUUGUAUGUCCUACAGCUCGGUAGCAACGAGUUAUCUCUGCCCCUCAUGCCACACCCAUCAGAAACUUCACGAAACAGAUCUCCCUUGCAUGGAAUUCAGAGAUAAGUUCCUGACAACUUCAGGGAAUUCUUCUUUUUAUGCUGAGAUUGACAAAUCCACAAUUUCUUCUCUCGAGAAAGUGCCCUUAGGAGUACAGUAUCCAACGGCUUUACAACAAGGACUCCAUCCAGUAAGUUCUAUCUUCAACGGGCCUGCAGAAGAGGAGUCACUUCUUUCUGAUAGACACGUAGGAGGGAAACAGAAAAGUCUCGCAGAACCAUUGUUAACAGUUCCUGGAACCAAGUAUGCAACAAUUAGUAUGGGGUGUGUAUCAACCGUGAAAUCCCGCCAGUACUUCUGAAAACCCUUGUUCCUCCAAACUCCACACAUAUAUACAGUCAAGAGGAAUGGGUAAGCUCUCCUGUUAACCCAUUGAAAACAUUCUUUAAAAGAUAUUUUAAGUAGCUAAGUCUAUUUAUGGUUCUUAUUUAUUGUUUUCUUAUGUCUUCCAGGUAAACAGUGUUUGUAUAAAUUUGCAAUUUUAUGUUGUACAAAAACAGGAGCUAUAGUAUAAUUUCAUCAACAUCACAAGUACUGUGGAUUCCUUUUUUCUUUUUAAGAUGUCAUCUGUUUUUAUAGAAAAUAUCGUGCUGUAAUGAUUUUUUACUUUUUUUUACAUGAAAACUGAUCAUUUUAUUCCUGCUGGUGAUUUUUAUGUUGAGACGUUCCUGUAUUGUACUUUUUAUACAUAUAAAGUCAUGUUUUUGUACACAUUUCUUAGCUACCUAUUGUAUUUUAAAUGAACCUAGAAGACAUUUAGAUGGUCUUGUAGCCCUUUGGUCUAUAUAUAGAAAUGCUAGUGUUUCUUCUGCACCAUUGACGUACAUACUUAGCUUAUGAUAGAAUAGAAACGAAAACAAAUGUUAUUAUUUUCUAAAUAUUUUCUUUAGUGUUUGGGCUGUAAUAUUUUUGUAUGUGGUGGUUUCAGAGAAAAAUGUCCACCCAACAAACUAAGUCUGAAGAUGUCCCCUAUUCAUAAAGUUACUUAGCUAUUAUGUUGUAUAAUACACUUCCUUUUUAUUGCACUGUAUUUUGUAAUUAUAAUGAGAAUAAUGUUAUUUUUGAGAGUUGUGUGACAGGUUUCUGUAAUUAGUGGUUCU